ACCAUUUAAUAAUUUAUCAACACUAGAAAGGUAUAGGUAAGAUAGAGAAUAUCAUCAGACAAAACAGCAAUGGAGAGGAAAGUGGCCAUCAUCGGAGCUGGUGUAAGUGGCCUCCUUGCCUGCAAAUACACCUUGUCCAAAGGUUUCAACCCCAUUGUUUUCGAAUCCCAAGCCUCCAUCGGCGGUGUCUGGACCAAAGCUCUACAGACCACGAAGCUCCAAACCCCAAAGCCACUUUAUCAGUUCUCCGAUUUCCCAUGGCCACCGUUGGUGACAGAAGAUUUCCCCGACAAACACAAGGUCUUCGAUUAUGUUAAGGCUUAUGCAAAGCACUUCGACUUGCUUAAGCACAUCAAAUUCAACACCAGAGUUGCUGGGAUUGAGUAUGAAGGUGCCCGUGACGAAGAGAUCCAGUCUUGGAGCUCGUGGGGUGGCACUGGUGAGCCCUUCAGCCCCAUGGGGAAGUGGAAACUCGUUGUUGAAGACUUGAAUACACAGUCAACUCAGAUGUACCUAGUGGACUUUGUAAUCAUCUGUGUAGGGCGGUUCAGCGGCGUGCCAAAUAUCCCAGAAUUCCCUCCGAACAAGGGUCCCGAAGCAUUUCACGGCAAGGUGAUACACUCCAUGGACUACGCAGCCAUGGAAGAUGUAAAGGCGGUCGAGUUCAUCAAAGGCAAAAGAGUCAUCGUCGUUGGGUUCCAGAAAUCUGCACUGGACAUCGCCAUGGAAUGUUGUACAGCAAAUGGGAUGGAAAAGCCAUGCACAGUUUUAUACAGGACAGCACACUGGAACCUCCCUGAUUAUCUUCCCUGGGGAUUUUCAUUGGCGCAUAUGUAUCUUACUCGUUUCUCAGAGCUCAUGGUUCAUAAGCCCGGUGAAGGGCUUCUCCUUGGUCUCUUAGCCACAGUUCUUGCACCACUGAGAUGGGCGCGUUCGAAAUUUGUGGAGAGUGAUAUAAAAAGGAAGCUUCGUUUGGUGAAGAAUGGCACCGUACCAACGCACAGUUUCCUCCAUGAAAUCAGUUCUUGCUUGAUCUCGACUGUCCCGGAAAAAUUCUACGACAAAGUUGAAGAUGGAGAAAUCAAAUUGAAGAAGGCCCCGGGUUUUAGUUUCGGUCACGACGGCGUUUUGGUCGACGGCGAGACUGCACCUAUAGAGGCUGACGUCGUCGUUUUGGCAACGGGGUUCAAGGGGGAAAAGAAGCUCAAAGACAUAUUUGUGUCCAAAACCUUUCAGAACUUCAUAGCUGGAUCCCAUGAUGCAGCAAUCCCACUGUACAGGGAAUGCAUUCCGCCUAGGAUACCUCAACUAGCAGUGAUAGGAUACUCUGAAAGCGUGGCAAAUUUGUACACAUCGGAGAUAAGAUGCCAGUGGCUGGUCGAACUCCUCGACGGCACGUUCAAGUUACCGAGCAUCGAAGAGAUGGAGAAGGAUGUGAAAGAAUGGGAAGAUUACCUGAAACAAUACUCGGGCGUAAACUACAAAAGAAAGUGCAUCGGUGCUCUUCAUGUAUGGUAUAACGAUCAACUAUGCAAAGACAUGGGAUGGAACCCCAGGAGGAAGAAGACAUUGUUUGCUGAACUGUUUGAACCUUAUGGUCCCUUGGAUUAUGCCCAGUGAUGGAUCGAGACGAAAGAUCGGGAGCGUAAAAUAUCUUGUCCUCACUCUCCUUAAAUAUCAUAUAUUUACCUCCUAACUAAAAUAUGUUUCAAGCUCGUCCUUUUUUUAUUACAAAAUUUUGUGACAAUUUGAGUUGGACAUUUUCCUAUUGACUAAGAUACGAUGAAAUCUGAUCAUGAAAAUGUUUGAGUUGUA